CAGGUUUGUACCCUUUAAGAAAUCACCAUGAACUUCAGCAAACUGUUUGCAAUUGUCCUGUUGGCCGCGCUGGCCUUUCUCGGACAAACCGAGGCUGGUGGUCUCAAAAAGUUUGGAAAGCGUUUGGAAAGAGUUGGCAAACAUGUCUUCGAAGCUACGGCUAAGGCAUUGCCUGUGGUUGCUGGAAUUAAUACACUUGGACCAAAAUAGUUCUUUGAAAAAUGGAUUGUUUGAAAAUGUGGCACUCUAAAUAAACAUUAUUCAAAAAUUAAA